AUGGCUUUUGGACAAUCAGACGACAACACGUUUUUCAACUCGUGGGCGCUAUGGCAGAAGAUGACCUUUGUACUGGCUUGCGGCAUUGUAGUCACGAUUUUCCUCGGUUUCCUGAAACUUUGGUAUGACCGCAGCAAGAUCCGCAAGUACAGUAAGGUCGAAAAGGGCAAGCAGGCGGCGACGCCGGAGAUGCUCGAGUCGCAGCCUGUGCAGCAGGUGCAAGCAGAAGAGAUGAAGCGAGACAUUCCGUUUGGUGUCCGCGCCAUUGAAAGUGGUAUUGAGGUCGAUGGCGUUUGGAUUUCGCGCUCCAACACCCCGGUUGGCAGCAGCCGUGCUUCAAUCAUGUCCGAGAACAGGCUGCCUCGCAGCUUCAACAAUUCGGCCUUUGAACUCCCUCAGAUGUCUUACGCUUCGAGCCACGGUAGUUCUGCCGCCCCAAGCUCCUUCGACCGCGCCGUCUCGGCCGAGAGGCUUCCCACCAACGACUCUCGCUCAGGAUCGCCGCCCAACCAGGUCUACCAGAACCGUCCUGGGCCUUCAUCCCCCAUCUACAGCCAGUCUCGCAACUCCGCAGCUCUGCAAAACCCCGAACGUUCAGGACCUCCUUCGCCCCGCAACGCUCAAUUCGGAGAAUCCAGCGGCUCUUCUAAGAAGUCCAGCCGCCGCACGAGCGAUGAGUCCGACUACAUGGCUAUUGGACAAGACGUCCGCGCUUAUGAGACCGCGUACAUGAGGCCAUCCUCUGGUCUCAGCCCCAUUGAUCCCCGCACCGAUCUCGAUCUUCUUCAGAGCCACCGCAUGUCUCACGUCGCUGAGACUGGUCAACUCACACCGCGGGUUCGCAAGCCAGGUAAUAGCGGCGAGUGGGCCAGCGUGGCAGACAACCAAGUUGCUACCCACAAUGGUGUUAACUAUUUCAUGCCUCAGAAGACUCCUUCUCCUCCUCUUCCUCCUGUCGCCGAUUCCCAAGAAGAAGCCGCCGGCUACGCAUCCAGCCAUGUCGCAGCCUCGCAACAGGAGGACCAACGACGGAGCCACGCUAGUCAAGGCGUACCCCUCCAGGAGUCGUACGCACCGAACGCUCCUUAUUACCCCGACACUUAUCAAGUCCGGGGCCCUCAGCACCAGCCGUCCUACGACGAGGUUCCGUACGAAGUCCAGACAAUGCAAAACAACCAACGUCCUGAAUCUGAGGUCCUCCGCAGUGUUAACUCUGGCUUUCAAGUGCUGAAGCCAGGCACCUUUGCCCCGCCACCCGCCGCAGACAUGGAGAUGACAGACAGGAGCGAGAGGAGGCAGUCAACAGGAAGGAAGCUCCAGAAGAAGCGUCGCUCGUCUGGAGAGUCAAGGAAGUCUGCCUUCACUGAGCAAGUGUAAAUCCCUUGUUUCGAACAGUACGUCGUUAUGUCAUUACGUCCCGUGGCGCUGGGUCGUCGCGUACACGUCGCGACCGCCAUCUCGGGUCUUCUUUACGACUUCGUGCCACCUCCAUGGAUCGACCUUCUGCGCUAGGCCUCAGAAUGCGUUGGCACCUAUCACUGCAUCGGAGUUUCUGAGCGUCUUUAAUCAUGUACCAACGGGAUCUUGGGGCUAUUCUGGCAUUGUGAUGGCUUGCAUGUAUGUUGGUGAGCACUGUCAAUCACCGCGCACUGGACUGCCGCACAAAAGGGGCAUAGAUGUUGCACACAUCAUCU